AUGCCCGGUGCAGGGAAAAAAAAUGCUGAGAUCAGCAAAAAAGGCAACGUGAAAAAGUUGCCCGCAAUGAAGAAAGCGGCAGUUCCCAAGGCGAAGGCAAAGGCUGCUGCAAACGUGGGUAAGAAGAAGGGCGGUACUGCCGUGAAGAAGAAGCCUGCGGCACCCAAGGCGAAGACGAAGUCUGCUGCAGAUGUGGGGAAGAAGAAGGGUGGUACUGCCAUGAAGAAGAAAUCUGCGGCGCCGGAAGCUAAGGCGAAGCCCGCGGCAGACGCGGGGGAAAAGAAGGGUGGUACUGCCAUGAAGAAGAGAUCUGCGGCACCGGAAGCUGAGGCGAAGUCUGCUGCAGACGCGGGGAAGAAAAAGGGCGGCACUGCCAUGAAGAAGAAAUCUGCGGCGUCGGAGGCUAAAUCGGACACCGCUGCAGGCGUGGCGAAGAUGGAGGACUGCACUACCGGUGCUUCCGCCGAGAAAGACGCGAAACAAGGUGAAGCGGAAAAGUAUAAAUACGUUGUUUAUCUUGCUGACAUUUAUGAGGCUGAGGAGCGUAGUACGUCCGAUAACGAGGAGGAAGAAAAUUCGGACCGAUCGGAGUAUAGGGCUGGACAUGGUUACACUGAAGUGCCCGAAAAUGACGUAUCGGUGA